GCCGCGGGGACCCGGUGGCCGGGUGCGUACCGGGAGGGUGUGGCGUAGCUUCCGCGGUGCUUGCCACGCGCAAGGGCUGGGUUCCCGAAGGUAAACGUGCGCAGCUCCGGGAACCUGGGCACUCUGGGCGGGCCAGGUGGCGGCACCCCGCGGCCCUCCGAGGCAGGUUCCAUGAUGGGAUUUGAACAUUACCUCAAAAGAUUUCAUAUUUUGGAUUAGUUAUUUGUACUUACCUUCUGUUGAGGACUUCUUCAGACUCAUUUUUUGGUGUCCUUUGAGACAAUACAAAGAGAUUGCACCAUGGAUUACAAAGAGAGCUGCCCAAGUGUAAGCAUUCCCAGCUCCGAUGAGCACAGAGAGAAGAAGAAGAGGUUUACUGUUUAUAAAGUUCUGGUCUCUGUGGGCAGGAGCGAGUGGUUCGUCUUCAGAAGAUAUGCAGAGUUUGACAAACUUUAUAACACUCUAAAGAAACAGUUUCCUGCUAUGGCUCUGAAGAUUCCUGCCAAGAGAAUAUUUGGUGAUAAUUUUGAUCCAGAUUUUAUUAAACAAAGAAGAGCAGGACUGAAUGAAUUCAUUCAGAACUUAGUUAGGUAUCCAGAGCUUUACAACCAUCCAGAUGUGCGUGCAUUCCUUCAGAUGGACAGCCCCAAGCAUCAGUCAGAUCCAUCUGAAGAUGAGGAUGAAAGAAGUACUCAGAAGCCACACUCUACCUCACAGAACAUCAACCUGGGACCAACUGGAAAUCCUCAUGCGAAACCAACUGACUUUGAUUUUUUAAAAGUUAUUGGAAAGGGUAGCUUUGGCAAGGUUCUUCUUGCAAAGAGGAAGCUGGAUGGAAAAUUUUAUGCUGUCAAAGUAUUACAGAAAAAAAUAGUUCUCAACAGAAAAGAGCAAAAACAUAUUAUGGCUGAACGCAACGUGCUCUUGAAAAACGUGAAGCAUCCAUUCUUGGUUGGGUUGCAUUAUUCUUUUCAAACAACUGAAAAGCUUUAUUUUGUUCUGGAUUUUGUUAAUGGAGGGGAGUUAUUUUUUCACUUACAAAGAGAACGGUCUUUUCCUGAACACAGAGCAAGGUUUUAUGCUGCUGAAAUUGCCAGUGCCUUGGGUUAUUUGCACUCCAUCAAAAUAGUAUACAGAGACUUGAAACCAGAAAAUAUUCUUUUGGAUUCAAUGGGACAUGUUGUCUUAACAGAUUUUGGGCUUUGUAAAGAAGGAAUUGCUAUUUCUGAUACCACCACAACCUUUUGUGGGACACCAGAGUACCUUGCACCCGAAGUGAUCAGAAAACAGCCCUAUGACAACACUGUUGACUGGUGGUGCCUAGGUGCCGUUCUGUAUGAAAUGCUGUAUGGACUGCCCCCUUUUUACUGCCGAGAUGUUGCUGAAAUGUACGAUAAUAUUCUUCAUAAACCCCUACACUUGAGGCCAGGUGUGAGCCUCACAGCCUGGUCCAUUUUAGAAGAACUCCUGGAAAAAGACAGGCAAAACCGACUUGGUGCCAAAGAAGACUUUCUUGAAAUUCAGAAUCAUCCUUUUUUUGAGUCACUCAGCUGGACUGACCUUGUACAAAAGAAGAUUCCACCGCCAUUUAAUCCUAAUGUGGCUGGACCAGAUGAUAUCAGAAACUUUGACACCGUCUUUACAGAAGAAACAGUUCCAUAUUCUGUGUGUGUGUCCUCUGACUAUUCUAUAGUGAAUGCCAGUGUGCUGGAGGCAGAUGAUGCAUUCCUUGGUUUUUCUUAUGCUCCUCCUUCAGAAGACUUAUUUUUGUGAAGUUUGCCAUUCAAAAACCAUUGGACAAAUAUAAGCCUAUGGCUAAGACUGCACCUCUUUUUUGUGUGAAUAUAUUCAACUAUGUAUAAGAGUGCCUCAUUUCUACUUGUCAUGUUGAAAACUAUGAAAAACAUAUUUUCUGCUGUAUGCAAGAAAAAUAGGGCAUUUCAAAGAGCUAAGUUUUGAAUUGAAAUUUGUAUUCUUGUUUAUUAAGCUUAUUUUUAAACAAAAUUUAAAUCUAUUAUUCUUAGCAUUAACCUUUUUUAAAGAUAACCUUUUGCUAUUGACUGUUUCUUUUUCCUUGUUACGUUUACACUAACAUCUAAGACUGUUUUAAUAGUCUGUUUCAGUUAGGAUCUAUUAAUACCUUUAUAAUCCUAUGACUUUUAUCAUAGCAGAACUAUGCAAAUGGUACAUGGUCGUUAAGAUGAAACCGUAUUUUUCUGUGAUUAAAAUCACUGUUUGAAAAUAGGUUCUUUCUAGAAUUAAACUGUAAAAGCAUAGUUAACAUGUUGGCUGCUAGUUAAUCCUGAAUAACAUUCAUUUUCAGGUAAUACAAGAAAUAACAAAAAAAUCAUCUGCUUUUGAAAUACCAGUUUUAAUUUGCGCUUCAUUUUUUCCUUGACAGUAAAAGGAAAAUUGAAUGGCUAGAAAUUUUAAGAAUUCCCAAGAAUCUGAAGAAUAAUAAAGUACUGCCAGAUUUUUUUAAGGUGGUGCCAAAAAUAAAUGUCUAUGUCAUAUAUUUAUAUCACAAAUAUAAUCUAUUUAUGUUCCUUUUGACCUUUUGAAAGUUUAAUAUAUUGUUAAGUAGAUCUGAAUCUUGGUGUAUAUUUUUGCAACUAUCUCUUUCAAAACUGUCUUCCUAAUUGAUCAGGUUUUUUUAAAUGAUGGAAAAAAAUAACUUUCUAUAAUUUCAAAUCAAAAAAAUAAAAUAGCAAAUCUAGGUCAGUAUAAAUGUAUGUAAUCUUACUGCACUGUAACAAAAAUAGUUCUGCAGAUAACACAUUCAGGAUUUUUUUUUUUUUUUUUGGUAGUGCUGGGGAAAAAACACAGCGUUUGUUAAUAUGCAUAUCCUCUACCAUUGAACUAUACUUUCAGCCUCUCCAUGUAUCUUGGAAAGAGUACUGGAAACUGACCUUAAAGAUCAUAACAUGUCAGUUUUUCUGCAUUUGUAAUGGUAAAAGAUACUAGCUACCAAGAAAAUUAGCAAGAGAAUGCUUAACUUGGGAUUCUGAUUCCUAGAGUGGCAAUUUUUCAGGUCUUGUAGAGAUAGUAUUGUGAGACUAUAAUGGCCCAGCUUAGAUGCUCUAAGGACAAACUUCUCUUGCAUGUGUUCUCUUGAAAUAGAUAUCACAAGAACAUUUCUCACCAAUCUCUUUUGACUUUAAAAUGUUCAGUGGAGUGGGGAUAAUAGAUGCUUUUGUUUGGUUAAUAAUAUUUAUAUGCAGUACACUGAAUCUUCCUUGGAGGUAAGAUGUUAAUAUCUACACUGUAAAUAUUUGAUUUGUUUGGCAUUUCUGUAAGUUCUGCUUUUAUAUAAAGGUUUUUGUUGAGUAUAAAGCAAGAUAAAAAUUA